AUGUAUCAAAACAUCCACCAGCACAUGGCACCUCUGCUGGCUCCCACAGCCUACGGAAUUGCAAUAUAUCCCCCUCCAUUCCCAACCAAUUUCGGCCACUCCUUGCCUCCUCCCCGACCUUAUGACGGGUACAUUCCAGGCCCCCAGGCUAUGGGUGUAGCGCCGUCUUCCUCGUCUGCGCCCUCCACGGUACAAUCCCAGCUGCAGGUUCACGACCAGCAGUUGGAGCAAGGACCUCUAGAAGAUAUUAUAGUAGGCACAGAUGAGGGGAACUCGGUGCAGCAGGCGCAGCACCGCCGCGUUUUUCACUAUAAAUAUCGCGAUUUUGAACGCGUCGAUCGCAGCGGCGAAGUCGUGUAUAAAUGCCCGCUCUUGCACUGCCAGAUGGAAAUACUGGGAGCUAGCAUACGGAAACAUCUGACAUCCAACAAGCACCUGAACCGGCGCGGUCGGUUUCCAUGUCCAUACUGUGACAAGAAGUUAAGUCGCGAGGGUUCUGUGAAGCGUCAUUUAGAGUAUUGUGCUGAGGCCCUAGCACACGCCAACACGAUCACUCAAGGACCUGGCGCCGCACCUGCCACCGUGGUUCAGCCCACCGUCGCUUCAACCCCAUCAGCGGCGCCCGUCACCGUCGACGAAGAUGAAAAUACUGUCUCAAGCAAAUCAUCGGAAGAUGAUUACAACACUUUGGAGUCGGACGCGGUUCCAGGGCAUCUCGAUGACACCGAGGAUUCGGUUUCGGGGGACAAACAUAUUGAGGGAGAACGGUUGCAAUUAGGCGUUGGCACCUAUCUCCUCGUUGUCGAGUCAAUGUUCAUUCAACAACUCCCCUUCUCCCCGGUUCUGCACUCUCAAGAGCCACUCCUCUGCCCGCCGAUCCUAUUUCCAAUUGCUAACAAGUUAACGCCUAUGUUUCAAAAACUGGGCGUGUACCUGGGCGAUCGC